CCCUACCUACAGCCGGUAAUGUCGAGCAAGUCAUUCGCUGGUUUCUAAACCCCUCAUAUACCCGCCUUUCCCCAAGUUUCAUUGCAACCGGUGUGUGUCUACUACAACUACGCUGUGAAUAGCAGGCGAAGUCCUCAGCUAACUGCGACAAAACGUUGAGACGUGCAACUAACGCAACUGUGAAACAGACAUAGCUAGCGUAGCUGUGUGCUACUAAAAUAUACCUACUUAGAAAGUUUGCGUGCGGUUACUUCGUUACAGUGUUGUUAUAAUAUAGUUUUGAUAGUAACCGCAGUUGCAUAUUUAACUAUAAUUCCUCCAAAAAAUUAGUUAACAUUGUCGCUCAGUUGUUGUUUGUCUUCGCCGAUUCUUUAGAGUUUGUUUUAUGACUUCAACUGUCAACGAUGCUUGUGCAAGAUGAUCAUGGAAGAGUCUACGUAUUCGUUUAGUAACUCGAAAGAAAAUUUAAAUAACGAUCGUUCUGGUGAAGAAGAACAAUUAGUUUGUAAGGAUUGCGACGCUCUUUUUACAUCUAAACACCACCUCCUCAAUCAUCUUUUACAUCACAUUAAACAGCCCCGUGUUGCCUUACAACGUUUAUACCAAGUACCGACACCACCCUUAAAAAUUACCCUUAAAAGCAAAGACAACAAUUCUUUCGAGGUGGUUCGAUCGCCUCAAUUAACAGACGUAACUGCUGAGGAAUACUUCAAACUGCACGAUACACCGCCAUCCUCCAUAAAGGAGGAAUUCGAGCCUACCACGAACGAAACCGAAGGUUCGGAACCUCCUGGAGAGGGAGAAACCUCUCCCCCAUCGGAGGACAAUCAAAACAAGGAGAGAGGCGAAGAAAUUCCUGAAAUAAAUUACAAUGAAGAUGAAGAACUGCCAGACGAUGGAGAGCAUACAAAUGAAGAAGAAACCAAGGUGACUUUUUCACCAAAUUUCGCUAAAGACAUUGAUUCAUGGCCUGCCGAAAGCGAAACCAAUGAAGAGCAAACACAAAAAGAAGAUGCAAUCGAGUCGAAUAAGGGAGAAACGUUGGGGUCAACUACACCAGACAUGAUUCCUGGAGCAGAACCAACUCCACCACCUGAACCAGUGGAGUAUCCCAAAAUUAGAAUAAAGACAACGGGAUUGCUCAAAGAAUCAUUAACCAUCACUGAAAUUACUGACGACAACAAUAGUUUUCGACAAUCUGAAAUAGUGGAUGUGAAUCGUGAAAACCAUGGGGGAGGGCAGGAAGUAUGGCCUACACCUUCUUUGGAAGACCCUUUAAGACUUCCAGAAAACAGUGAAAAAGAUGACGGAAAUAUUUUGACAACAUUUUUAAACAGUAAUAACGAUAAAGCCAAAGAUUUUGGGUUGUCUUCCAGUGAUAGCGAAUUUAUAUCAUUAGAUCGAUUAGAUGACAGGAACAGAAAUGCUUUGCAAGUAUACAAUCCUCAAAAUUCAGUCCAGAAUUCCUUAGAAAGCUUAACGGGCUUGCCUAUGCAACAACUUGCACAGCAGGUGUCAAGAUUGCAACCCAGUGGUAGUAAUAAUGGAAUGCACCAACAAAAUGUUCUGAUCAACAUACAACAGUUCCCACAAGCACCUCCUCAGCCUCCUCCUCACAGUUACCAACCACCCCCAAUGUACCCUCCCCAUCCGGGAAUGCAGCCACCGAUGUAUCAACCAUAUCAGUACCAGCCCAACAUGUACUAUCCACCGCAACCGAAUUACCCAAGUCAUCAUAUGCCUCCCCCACCGCCAAAUCAAAUGCAACAACCACCUCAACCACAACCUCCUCCCACGUCUCAGAUGCAGCCGAUGACUACACAACCCAUGCAUCCCAAUCAACCGUCACAAUAUAGACAACCGGUCCCUCAAAGAGCCCCUGCACCAAGACAAUAUGGCCCUCAAACUACAAGAGGUCCUGCCCCACCACGCCAACCAAUGGCUACUCGCCAGAGAGCGCCUACAAUGCGACCUCGAGUGGCAAUGAACACCACAACGUCGUCGGUGAGAGGACCGAGGCCCAGGAUUCCUGGUCCUACAUCAGGGCCAAGACAAGGGCUUGUUCAAAACAAUCAACAAGGCAACAGGGUUAUUAAGAGGUCGCCGGAACAAAUGCAAAUGUUACAGGCCAAGAAAAGAAGAAUGGACAUGCUACUUCCUGAUAAAAAUGAUGAUCCUGAUUGUCAGGUAAUCGCCGUACAACCAAAAAACACCGAUGGUGGUUUGCCACAAAUUCAAAGCGUACAGGGAGGGACUAGUGAUCCGGGUGAUAACAGUGUCAUGCACCUUUCCGAUUCUAUUACGUUAUCAGUACGAAAUCCUCCGAAACAAGAGCAGCAGCCAAAGAAGUCAGAUGCGAAGGCAGUCGCCAAUAUUUUGGCUACACGGGGUAUAACAGUAACCGCGGCUCCCAAACCCAAAGAAAAACAGCCACAAACGAAGGGAAGUCCUCCACCACCACCUGUUGCCAUAAAUCUUAAUAGUGCCGUUAGUAUUAUACCAACUGCCAAAAAUGGGAACGACUCACCAAAAAAGGUACCUGAUUCGAGAUUACCGACAGUAGAUUUGACUGACGAUUCCGUCCCUGACCCCAAACCAUCCCAACAACAAACCAACAAAGGCGUUCCUAGCUCACCCCAAAAAGGCGGUAAUCCACGAGCAAAUUCAGCGUCCCUUCCGCAUCGCUGCGAUCUUUGUCCCGCUCAAUAUCCAACUCCUAUGGGAUUAAGUAAGCACCGGCAGAGUUACCACAAAACAGGGGGCCCUUGCGAAAUCGGCGUGCCCCUUGUCGACUUAAAAAAUCCCGGAGUUUUGCAAAAAUUAAGCGCUCUAGGGAUUUACAAUUACAUCCCUUUGCCCGGUUCUAAUACAGACGGGUGCUUUGCCCUUCCCGUGGUAUCACUUAAUGCCGCAAAAAAUCCUAAUGUUUGUAAUCUUAAUGGUAUAGGUGCUAGCUCAAUACUAACACUGGGACCUGUACGGUCAUUGCCUAGAGCGACACCCCCAAAUGGUAAUACGAAUUUAGGAAAGUAAAGGGAAGUCAGUUUUAGAAAAGUAAUGUACAGUUAUUACAAGAUUUUAAGAAAUCAAUUACGUAACAAACAUUUUCGUAAUUGACGAAAGAAAUUUUAUAAAAUAAUAUAUGCAAGUGUGUUAAAUGAGUAAGCGUAUGCAUUUCUUUUCUGAAAUACAGCAAUUCCUAAAAUUAAAGAUUUUGUGUAAAAAUGUCCUUUUUUAUAUUGAAUGUUGUUGUUUUUAAUUUAACAGUAAUGAUGACUGAUUUUUUUUGUGAUGAUAGAUGAUAGGUUCCUUUGUCUGAUAAGAUAUAAAUAAUACAUUCGUUUUCGGAAUGAUCUAAGUGUAAGCGGUUUAAUUUUCUUAUUCUUAUUAGAAUUCUUCAACAUUGGUUAAUUACACAAAAUAAUCCUGUUGGAUUAGGAUUUUUUGUUUCUUUUAUUUUUGAAACUUCCCUGUUUCAGAGGGCUUUGCAGUUACACUGUUUAAUGUAUGAAAAGUAAAUACACUUUCCAUUUUCAUUUUUUACUAAAAGCUGUACAUUGAGCUUAUAAAUUAUUUCUUUUUUGUGCAAUUUACAUAUGUUGUUAAGUUUUUUUAUCCACAUGUAAAUAUAGUUUAAUGAUAGUUUAAUGUAUUUUUACACUAACUGAAUAAAAGUAAAUAUUUUUUAAAAUGUUAAAUUUUAUUACACAUUACUUCGUUUUAUUUUUUCAUACGUAUAUGAAAUGGAAGCCUUUGCUUUGUAUUAGGGCUAAUGUGCUUGCGAGAUUAGAAACCAUGUACUACAAUAUUAACUGAGCAUCGAUUUGGUCGAGAUUAAGUAGAUCGAAAUCGAGAUCCAUAUUUAAUAGUUAUUACCCAAGAACUUAUAAUGGGUUUAAGAUGAAUAAUUUUUUUUUUGAGUUUACGAUUUGUAAUUUCUGAUAAACGGCAGAAUGCGAAAUUAACUUGAAAUUAAAAUUGUUGAAAAUAACAAAACAUUCAACAGUAGGCAAUUUAAUAAUAAUAAUAAUAAUGUAACAAUACAACAAAUAAUGUUUUUGUGAAUGUAAAAUGUAUUUCUCUAAAUAUAAAAUCUAGCUAUUUAGACUUAAAAUAACGGAUAUUUACAAUUUUCAUGAUAUAAUAUGUAUAAUGUUUUCUUAAGUCACACUUAACUCUUUUUAAAGGCAAAUAUACUUCAUAAAUACAGGUUGUGGACAGAAUAAAUUACAGUAAAAUUGUCAAAUUGCAAAAAAAUACAAGGAAAACGCGAACGAGUUUUUACUAAGUAUAAUUAUUAUUUCUUUUCUUUUCAAUUUUUUAUUAGUUGUUUCUGUUAAGUUUACUUAAUCGACUCCUGCAAAACCUUGCGAACCUUCAAUAGCUUUUAUUAAUUUG